CCCAGCAGAUACACAUGGUGGAGGGGAGGGAGAGCCGUGCUCUGCAUGGCAUGGGCCUGAUCCUUGUGAGGUUGAGGAUCUCCUCUAGGGAACUCGCUGCCCUGAAACAAGGCAUCUUUUACACGCACUCACGCACACAAGCAUUUAUCAUUGUCCAGGCUGGGAUAAGAACAAUCUGCUGUCACUGCCCAGGAUAUUAGCAUUCAGAGAUGGGAUUAUAUGGUAGUCAAACAGGAGCUGAGAGAGAGGGAGUAUUGAAAAGAGCAAUAACCCCAUUUCUGGGAGGGAUUAGAACCAGAGAACAAUCCAGGCUACAUGAAAUGCACAGGCCUAAGGCAGAGACAGCCUAAUAGCAGGGGGCUGCAGGGCAGGACUGAUGAGCAUUGGCAGAGUUGUGUGGGGAACCAAGGACAGAAAUACAAGUGUAGUAUAAUGAUUGGGUCAUUAUUCCAAGCCAUAUGUAGCCAUUGGCUCCCAGACUGUCCAGUCAGAGCUGCUGUGUAUGGUUAAUCUCAUCCCAGUGAGCUUUGGAGGAUGAGGAGGUUGAGCAGAUGCUACCAAACCUUUUACACUCUAAUGACUUGAGGAGUUGCUCUGAUGCAUAUCUACUGAUACCAGUUGUUCAUUCCCCACCACACCUGGCAACAUCCCAUCUUGUUUUAUCCAUUACUCUCACUCUAUGGCCAGGAGCUGAGAGAAAAAAAAUCACUGUGUGGGUUUUAGGUUCCCACUCCCCGUCCAUUGGCAGUGUCACAUCUCUCCUUCUAUAUAAUUUCUUCCCUGUAUUUGGGGAGGACUUGGAAACCGAUUAUUCUCACCAGCCUCCAUAGUCCUGUCUGAGGUGACCAGGCACUGCAGCUGUGGUGGCUAGCUCUGGCCCAUAGGUGGCCUGAGUGAUUAGAUUGAUGCUUCCUGACGUCAGAUGAGAUCCCUUAAAAGGUAUUUAUCUCAGGAUUGGGCCAAAGCUGCAGGAGAGAUUAAAAGAGAUUGAGGCCAAGAUAAUCCCCCAUAGCAGCAUCCUGCAAAAGCAGCUGCCAAAAGGCCUUCAAGCAAAUGCUUUUGCCAGCCCACCCAAUACUAUUCCCCAUCCCACCUCUGCAUCCUCCUGGGGCCAUGAUCCCAGGCCUGCCCCCAUACCUGAGGGUUUCUAUUGUGUGGGGGUGGCCAGUAUACCACAAGGGGCACAGGCCCUUCUUCCCCUACCUGUCGGGUUAUGACCUGAGCUCUGUCCCGAUGAGGGGCUAUUUCUCAGGAGGCUGUUGGGAUUCAGUGUCUGGCACUGCCCCUUCACCACACGUUUUAUGAUCCUAGCUCUCUCUGCCUAAUCUUCAUCUGAUUAGUUUGUUACUAACAAACAAAGGGAGUCAAAUCUUUGUGCGGUGUUUUUCCCUUCAGAAGCAGCACACUCUCCUGUCCCUCCAUCCCCUCCCAUACCACCUGCUUUGCAUUAAGUCCCAAUCCGAUUUCCGCAACUCUCUGGUGUCUGAUUUAAUUUGCCUGACAUUGCUCCUAGAAUCAGCCCUCCCCAACCCACCUCUCCCCCCACCCCCACACACACAGCCUCCCAGCUCCCCAUGGGGAGAUCAGUCCUGGGAGAGACUGAUACACCAAGAGUGAAAGAGGGACACAGAGUGUGUGGAUAGCUGGCGCCAGGACAGGAAGGACUGAGUGGGAUCGCUGCGUGACUAGGGGCUCCCAUCCUGACGGGGGACUAAAUCCCCAGGGGACAAAGGGAGUGCCAACCAGGAGGGGACAGCAGCCACCUCACCCCACAGACCACGGUAAGGACAUUCCUUUGCUGCUGCUUGCCCUGAGCCUAACUCUGUCUCCUUGGCAUUUGGGUGGUUCUGUAUGCCCAAGUGGGUCCUAGAUGCCUUAUGUGACCCGCUCUGCAGGUCUGGGGGGGCCCUGGGUGUUGGUCUCAUUUUAUACAUAGAUGUGUAGCCUGUGGAAGGGGAUGUUUCUAUAGGAGGAAGGUUGGGGUUAAAAUCAACUCAUCUCUAUUGUACAUGGGAUGCAGAAACCCCUUCCUAGCAGGGCAAAAUCACAGCAGUUUCCAGUAUGUCACAGGGGUGUAUAACCCCCCUUGUAGGAAGCUGGGAGUCAGACUCUCCAAUAGGACCCCACACACUCGUGCUCCCCACCCGUCUCUUUGCAACAAGCUCCUAUCCCAUUUGGAGAAAAAGAGCAAGAUCAGGGUAAUUUUAUCCUUGCCUUUUGAUCUCCGAGGCAGAGGAAGGGGAUCAUCUCUCUAUCCAGCUCUGAAGACACUCAGGGUUACCGGGGCAAGUACACAGCACCUGCCUAGGGAUUACACAGGGACCAUGACAUCCCCUGUUAAUCCUCAGCCCUUCCGUGCCUUUCGCUUUUCUAUUUAAGGCUCUCCAGCCCCAGCUGAGCUGCAGCCCCCUUUCCAAGAUGGGUGAGGCCACAUGGGCUGAUAUAAACCGGAGGGUUCAACCCCUGCCCUCGCAGCCAGCUCCUCCCAACGAUUUUCUCCACUUCUCAUUCAAACAGGAUGAGGUGAUGUGGGUGACUCCCUAGGCAUGCUUACCCUUCGGAGUCGGUGCUGACUCUGGUGCCCCAGUGUGGUACUGGGGGGCUGUGCUGCAGUGCUGGGGGGCACUCUCCCCUCAGCCAUUACAGUUGGUUUAUGAUAUAUUUAAUACGCCUGCUCCAGUGACACCCAGGUGCCCAGUCAGUGGUGCUAAGCGCUGUACUGACGCUUACGAAGACACAGGCCCUGGCCGGAGGAGCUUAUAGGCCAGGAACAUGAGUGAUACAUGAAGGGGGCAGGGCAUGAUGAUAAUUGAAUAGACCCAUUUUUUAUAAACAAAGAUAGAUUUGCUUAGUUUAUUAUCAAUAGAUCAAUGCCUGCUGGGAUUUGACUGUUUGCUUAUAGGCAUCACAGCAGAGGAAGAUCAGUUGGAGGCAAAGGUGCUGGAACUAGGGGUGCUGCCGCAGCCCCUGGCUUGAAGUGGUUCCCAUUAUGUACAGGGUCUACAGUUGGUUUGAUGGCUCGCAGCACCCCCAAUAUGCAAAUUGUUCCAGCACCCCUGGCUGGAGGCUUUUCAUGGCUAAGAGGCAGCCUGGGAAGAGGCACAGGAAAGUGUGCUGAUUUCACUGGAAUGAGGAGGAGAAAUGGGUGAGGAGGGGAAAUGUGAUCGACGACAAGAGCUGUUCAACCAGGAAGAGGGGAGCCGUGGCGAAGAAAAGAAACUUGAAUAUAAUGAGGGAAGCCAAUGGAGGGAUUCAGCGAAGGGGGCAGACUAGCUCCAGUACCCCAGCAUGGUGCUAGGAAUGCUGUGCUGCAGUGGCCUGGGUGACUCAGUAGUGGGCACGUUCUCCCCCAAGUCACUCCUGAUCCCAAUGCCCUAGCACAGUGGUAGGGAUUGCUGUGCUGUUCGAGGUAUCAUCUUCCAGCUGAGUCAUUAAUCAAUAGGCUGACCUAUAUUGUCAAAACAUACUAGUGGUUUGGGGUUCCUCAGUUUUUGGGAACCCACCUUAAGACACCUUAAAGGGGCUUGAUUUUUGGAAAGUGAUGAGCACCCACCCUCUGAAAACCAGGCCCCUUUAAGGUAUCUGAGGUUGGUCACCCAAAAAUGGAGAUACCCGGAAUUGCUAGCUGCUUCAGAGAAUAUAGGCCCUUAAUCCAUCCUAGGUUUGAUAGAUCCAUGGGUAUUUCCCCCAAAGUCAGGGCGUUAAUUCCAAUGUCCUGGGCCAAUCUCCAGCUUGGGCAGGGGUUCUUAAACUGGCGUCGUGACCUCUCAGGAGGUCGCGAGGUUAUUACGUGGGGAUCACGAGCUGUCAGCCUCCAUCCUAAACCCUGCUCCACCUCCAGCAUUUAUAAUAGUGUUAAAUAUAAAAAAAGUUUUUAAUGUAUAAGGCGGGGAAUCGCACUCAGAGGCUUGCUGUGUGAAAGGGGGUCACCAGUACAAAAGUUUGAGAACCACUGAGCUUGGGGUAGUUCCAUUCUGCUUCCUUUAGUUUUCUUUGCUGAUUCAAUUCUGAGACUGGAUUCUCUUCCACUUCCUGUCCUACAUUUUCAUGCAGUAUCACUCUUAAGCACCUGCCAUGUCCUUCCCCAGAGGCAGCUGCAUUUUAGAGCUGGGAGGUGACUCACUCUCUGCAAAUCACUUUGGGAUGAGGCACAGUGGAGGCUAUGGGGAAGGUAGAGUUAUUAUUAUCUCUCAGCUGUGUCUCCUUGUCCUUCUGAGGCUGGAAACAAUUCCCAAACUUCAUUUAGAAUGUUUCCUCAAAGGGAUUUAAGGGUUCUGAUGGAGACCUGAGGCUGAGCCAUAGCUUCUCUCACUCCCUCUAUAUUUAGCUUUUCUAUCCCUCCUUAACAGUGUUCCUCUGUCCUUUUGAUCCUCCUACCACUCUGUAAACCCCUCAUCUUGUGCAACUCCUUUCCAUGUAGCAGCUUCCCACAACUCUGGCCCCCAAAACCAAUUCCAGAGUUUAAAAACAUAGCCAAGGAGAGAGAGAAAGAACUGAAUAGGCCAUGGGAGGAAAGGCAUAUUGGGUGAGACUGGAAAUGGGAUGAAUAGUAGGUAAGGUGGAGGAUCCAAGGAGGCUGCUCCAAAUGUGGCAGGAGCUGCAGAGUAGCAGGAAGUUCUCAGCCCCACACGGUGGAAAUGGGGGAAAGAGAAGUCGGUGAAGUCAACUAAAGCAAGCCUCUGGAGCGGUGUAGCACCCAAACAGCCAGGAUGCUGGAGGCUGGAUGCAAGGAAUCUGCAAUUGUCCGAGCCAGAGGAGAUGGAGCCUGAGAUGAGGAUUUCAGAAGAGGGGCCUGGAUUUCAGGAGCAGAGGCUGGAGGAGAUGAGCCAAACACCCUGCAAGAUGGUUCAACCAGAUACAGCACUCCACUUCCUGUCCCAAAGUGCCCUGUAACGCAGCUGUUAAAUGGCUGCCAAGUCCCACUCCAGAGAUGGCUGCAUCUCAGCAGGACUCAGGCUAUCCCGAGUGGAGGGCCCAUUGCUAGCCGAGCAAGAUGGGUGAAAUGGACCAGAUGAGGCAGGAGGCCGAGCAGCUGAAGAAGCAGAUUGCGGAUGCACGGAAAGCCUGUGCUGACACUACACUUGCUCAGAUUGUGUCCGGGGUGGAGGUAGUUGGACGCAUUCAGAUGCGUACGCGGAGGACCCUGCGUGGGCACCUGGCCAAGAUCUAUGCAAUGCACUGGUGCACGGACUCCAAACUCCUGGUCAGUGCCUCGCAAGAUGGAAAACUGAUCGUGUGGGACACUUACACAACCAAUAAGGUUCAUGCCAUCCCUCUCCGCUCGUCCUGGGUCAUGACCUGUGCCUACGCCCCCUCAGGGAAUUUUGUGGCCUGUGGGGGUCUCGACAACAUGUGCUCUAUCUAUAAUCUCAAGACUCGUGAAGGCAACGUCAAAGUGAGCAGGGAGCUCUCGGCCCACACAGGUUAUCUCUCCUGCUGCCGAUUCCUGGAUGACAAUAAUAUCGUGACGAGCUCCGGAGACACCACAUGCGCACUCUGGGAUAUUGAAACAGGACAGCAGAAGACUGUGUUUAUGGGUCAUACUGGAGACUGCAUGAGCCUGGCCGUCUCCCCAGACUUCAAACUCUUUAUCUCCGGGGCCUGCGAUGCCACUGCCAAGCUGUGGGACGUACGGGAGGGAACCUGCCGUCAGACAUUCACAGGGCAUGAAUCGGACAUCAAUGCCAUCUGUUUCUUCCCCAAUGGUGAGGCUAUCUGCACCGGUUCAGAUGAUGCCACCUGCCGCCUCUUUGACCUGCGGGCGGACCAGGAGCUCAUCGUCUAUUCCCACGAGAGCAUCAUCUGUGGAAUCACCUCAGUCGCCUUCUCCCGCAGCGGGCGUCUCAUGCUCGCUGGAUAUGAUGACUUCAACUGCAACAUCUGGGACUCCCUGAAGGGGGAGCGUGUCGGGAUCCUCUCCGGUCACGACAACAGGGUGAGCUGCCUGGGGGUGACAGCAGAUGGCAUGGCCGUGGCUACUGGCUCCUGGGACAGCUUCCUCAAGAUUUGGAACUGAAGAGGAUGAUGGGGAGAGGGAGAUUAUUGGGAGGAGGGUGUCCACACAAAACACAUUGUCAGUUGAGCACAAUUGAUAUUUCUACCUGUUAGUCACAGGCAUGUCUCUCUCUGAGUCUCUUUUGGGGGCUCCCUAGUCUGUAGGAGGGGUCUAGGGGAAAGGAGCCCUCCAUUAGCUGUUCCCCCCAACCCACUUCCUAAAUAUGCCAUAAGGCUUUCAGCCUGGGACAGAUUGUAGGACCCCAGAUAAAUGAGACUGUUUUGUAAGCUUUAGGACCUUGCACUGCACGCUCCGUGACACCCAUUGCUCCCCCAACUGACUCCACACCAUUUUAUCCCUACAUUGCCCCCCCACCCCAACCACCCACCAGAGAGACAACCACCAUUCCCUGAAAAAGACCCUACCUUGAGGCAGGGACCCCCCCACUACAUAUCUACAACCAUUUCUCCAUACACACCUCCCCUAAUCCUCCCAAAGAGGAACCCUCCUCCUUGCACACAGGGGUAUAGAGAAGAGAUUUUAGCCAGCUAGGACUCUGCAUCGAGCUUUGCUAAGAGGGGCUAAUUUCUGUGGGCCUCCUCCCUCCCCUGCACCAGUUAGCUGUUUUAUCUAUGCAUCAAAUGGGGGAGGGGAGUUUACUGCCACAUCUAGGGCAUCAAGGGCAGGGAAAUGUUAAUUUAUUUUUAUUUAUAUUCCUGUAGCUAUCCCCUUCCCCUCACCCACAUAUGCUGUGUAUUGCUCUUGCCCUUGCAUUAGCCUGUAGACCACCUCAGCCCCUGCUUUCAAGACGUAACUAUCAUACAGGAGUUUCAGGCAAAAUAAAGAGAUCAAGUGAGAUGCGUGUGCUGCAUCAUUUGAGAUAGACACUGGACUAAGCUGCUUCAAAUGGUGC